AUGGUUUCCUUUGAGAAAAACAUUUCCUCCAAGGUUCUCAUCAUUGGAGCUGGCUUUUCCGGUCUAGCUACGGCUUGUCAGCUUCGAAGAGAGCACAAUUGUGAUGACUAUGUCAUCUAUGACCGCUCAUCUGCUCCAGGAGGGACUUGGUGGGCAAAUAAAUAUCCAGGAUGUGCCGUGGAUAUCCCAGCGGUCUUCUACAGUCUAUCAUUUGCCCCAAACCCCGACUUCUCGAGAGUCUACCCCCCUCAAGCGGAGAUAUUGGAAUACUUCAACAAAGUUGCGGACAAGUAUGAUGUCUCUCGACACGUCGUUCGUAAUACAGAGUGGGAAGGGGCCUAUUGGCAAGAGCAGACAAGCAGCUGGUUGGUCAAGUUAAAGGACUUGACCACAGGUCAAAUAUUCUACCACGACUGCAAGAUCUUGAUAUCUGCUGUUGGAGCCUUGGUAAACCCAAACCGAUUUGGCGUUUCGGGCGUCGAAGACUUUGAAGGCGAUAUAGUUCAUACCGCUUCAUGGAAAGAGGAUAUGUCUCUUCACCAGAAAGACGUGAUUGUUGUUGGCAAUGGAUGUUCGGCUGCUCAGCUCAUUCCCGCUAUUGCUAAAGAAGCUCGAAGCAUCACUCAAUUCAUUCGGCGCCGGAUCUUUGACAACAAUAAGUAUAUCAGCUGCCUGCAAGCGAGCAACAUUCAUCUUACAGAUGACCCCAUUGUCAAGGUUUCAUCUCAUUCGAUUUUCACCAAGUCUGGCCAGGAAUACCCGGCAGAUGCAAUUCUACUUGCCACCGGAUUCGCCCUGACACAGUACGAUGUCGAGCUGGUAGGACGGAACGGCUGGACCCGGAAUGAGCAUUGGGAUAACUUCGGCUACAAGGAGGCAUACAAGUCUACUGCGAUGUCCGGAUUCCCCAAUUUCUUCUAUGUUCUGGGUCCCAACUCUGGUAAAGGCCACACAUCUGCCAUUUACUCCAUUGAGAACUACGUCAACCUUGUUAUGAAGGUGAUUGCGCCGGUUAUUCAAGACCGCUGUUCGUUUGUUGAGGUCAAGGCCGACAGUGAGAAAGAUUACAAUGUGAAUUUGCAUGAGAAAAUCGCCACGACGAUCUUCAACAACUCAUGCGGGAGUUAUUUCAUCGACUACAAGACUGGGAAGAACUGGUUCACCUACCCAUGGAACUCAUUUGCCAUGUGGUAUUCCACCCACUGGGGUGAUUUAGAUGACUGGAUAUACGAUGUCCGACCUGACAAGAACCACCGGGUGUUCUGUUUCAGUCAUCUGCUACUCCUACUUGUGGUCAGCCUUAUUUCUUUUGGGUUCACCAUGGUAGUAAAGGAGAGAUAUCAAUGA